AUGAGUGACGCAUCCACGCCGCCAAAGCAUAGACUGCGAGUAUCGAGCUCAUGGGUGUUGGCCGGUCCGUCCCGAAAUCUGACCGUUGUCGCGUACCUGAAAAGAGAACAGAAGCCACAACCCAACGCUGCCAACUUGCAAUGGCCUACGUUCUUGUCGCUCGGGCAGUAUCGCCACCCACCACUGGUCGGGCUAUUCUGGUUCUCGCGGCAGCCGGUUCUACACGCGAUACUGGGACUAGACACCGACGAAUGGGAGUCUGCGAGCCGGUUGGACGAGGGCUCGACGCUAGACCCGGAGUCGGAAUUUCCUAACCCACGGUUAAAGCAAAGGCCCAGUCCCCGAGGUUGUGCCGCGGCCGGUCCCUCGCGACGAAAAUAA